AUGGUGUUCUUAUUGGUAUUGCUGCCUGGACUUUUGCCUCCUCUUGUGAGCAAGGCACAUGCCAUUCCUCCCAGCAUGAAGACCUAUUCUACUAAAGACAGAAGUUUCUUUUAUUGCAGUGCGGUGCCAAAGAACUAUCAGGAUAUCUUGGCCUUGGUAUUUGUUGUACAGGAUAUCAACAAAAAUCCCACAAUUUUACCUAAUGUCACUUUGGGAUUCCAUAUCUAUGAUGCCUACCACAAUAAUCAGAUGACUUACAAAACCGCACUAGAUCUGAUUUCUUCACAGCAUAGUUUUGGCCCCAACUACAAGUGUGACAUGCAGAACAAUUUGAUAGCUGUCAUUGGGGGAACGUACUCUGAUACCUCACGUAGUUUGGCCAUUGUUAUAAAUCCCUUCAAGAUUCCACAGGAUUUCUGGGAGAAGGCCUUCAACUGUAAAUUGAAAAAUAUGAAUGAAGGCCAGAAAACUCAGGAAAGCUGCACCGGGAAGGAGAAUCUGGAGAAGCUUCCAAGAGCUUUCUUUGAAAUGGACAUGACUGGCCACAGCUAUGCUGUCUACAAUGCAGCCCAUGCUGUGGCAAAUGCUCUACAUGCCAUGUAUGAAUCCAAAUCCAAACACAGAUCAUGGGGAGCUGGAAGGAAGCUGGCACCACAAAAUCUGCACUCAUGGGAGGCCCUGCCAAUUUCUCUGUGCAAUGACAACUGCUAUCCAGGCUACAGCAGGAAAAAGAAGGAAGGGGAACCAUUUUGCUGCUAUGACUGUGCUCCGUGUCCAGCAGGGAAAAUUUCCAACAAAAAGGAUAUGGACUCCUGCAUUGAAUGUUUAGAAAAUCACUAUUCAAACUUGGAUCAGAACCAAUGUAUUCCUAAAGUUUUGAGCUUCCUCUCAUAUCAAGAACCUUUGGGCAUCACUUUAGCUUUGUCUGCUAUUGCUUUGUCUCUGAUCACAUCUUUGGUACUUGGAACUUUUCUGAAGCAUCGGGACACACCCAUCGUAAAAGCCAACAACCGGACCCUCACCUACAUGAUCCUCAUCUCCCUCCUUUUUUGCUUCCUCUGCUCCUUGCUUUUUAUUGGAAAACCUGAAAAGGUCAUCUGCCUUCUCCGACAAACUGCCUUUGGCAUCACCUUCUCUGUGGCCCUUUCCAGUGUGCUGGCAAAAAACAUCACUAUAGUUCUGGCAUUUAUGGCUACCCAACCAGGAUCCAGGAUGAAAAAAUGGGUGGGGAGAAGACUGGCAAAUUCUAUCAUUCUUUCCUCUUCCUUUAUCCAAGCAGGAAUUUGCAUUCUUUGGCUGAGUAUUUCUCCCCCAUACCCAGAUACAGACAUGCAUUCACUGAAUGGAAAAAUCAUAGUAGAAUGUAAUGAGGGCUCAGUAUCCAUGUUUUACACUGUCUUGGGCUAUAUGGGCUUCCUGGUUAUUGCCAGCUUCACUGUGGCAUUUCUGGCUAGGAAGUUACCUGACAGUUUCAAUGAAGCCAAAUUUAUUACCCUCAGCAUGUUGGUCUUUUGCAGUGUUUGGCUUUCCUUUGUCCCAACCUACUUGAGCACCAAAGGAAAAUAUAUGGUGGCUGUGGAGAUCUUCUCUAUCCUAACUUCUAGUGCUGGCUUGUUGGUUUGCAUCUUUUCUCCUAAAUGCUACAUCAUUGUGUUCAGGUGUGACUUGAACAACAGAGAGCAACUAAUAAGGAGAAAAAAACAAUAA